AGCAGGACAAGGGGUUUGUGCCUUACAUCACCUGCGAUGCGAAUCUCAGCAGCCCCUGUAUGUUCAUGCAAAACAGUGUCGGGACAGGGGGGAAGUUUGUCAAAGCCUGCAGCACCAGUGGUGCCUGGGGAAGGCUGAGGGGGCUGUUCUCAGUUUCCUGAGGCUCGGUACUCUGAUUCCUGGGGCUCUCCUGGAGCCCCCCUUCCUUUUGUAGCUGUUGCUUGGAGUGAUACAUGUGGUGCCAGGGACUGGGGACUGUUGGCCAGCUGCUACAUGGGGACUUAGUCCAUCACCUGACCUGUGGGUUUUCCUCUCCCUCCUUCCUGCCCCUCUCCCCCUCCUCUGCAGCCCCCCAGAGACUGGUGCUUGGGUGUGUGUGGAGAGGUGGGCUCGGUGAGGCACCCCAAAACCUCCCACCCGACCCCUGACACAAGUGGCAUGAACUUGGAGCCAGGUGACUGCGGGAUGAACUCGGUGAGCUGUGGCAACGGGAAACUCCGCCAGUGGCUGAUUGACCAGAUAGACAGCGGCAAGUACCCGGGGCUGAUGUGGGAGAAUGAUGAGAAGAGCAUCUUCCGCAUCCCCUGGAAACAUGCUGGCAAGCAGGACUACAACCGUGAGGAGGAUGCUGCCCUCUUCAAGGCUUGGGCUCUUUUUAAAGGAAAGUUCAGAGAGGGCAUUGAUAAACCAGAUCCCCCUACCUGGAAGACAAGAUUAAGGUGUGCUUUGAACAAGAGCAAUGACUUUGAAGAACUGGUAGAGAGAAGCCAGCUGGACAUCUCAGAUCCCUAUAAAGUGUACAGAAUAGUGCCAGAAGGAGCUAAAAAAGGUGCAAAACAGAUCAGCAUGGAGGAGCAACCGUUAAUGAUGAACCACCCAUUUCCAAUACCAUCUCCUUACACUUCACUCCCAUCUCAGGUACCAAACUACAUGGUGCCCCAUGAACGGAACUGGAGGGAGUUUGCCCCAGAGCAGCCACAUCCUGACAUCCCCUACCAGUGUGCCAGCGUCCCCUUCGCAGCUCGCAGUCACCACUGGCAAGGGCCCGGCUGUGAAAAUGGUUGUCAGGUGACAGGAACCUUUUAUGCUUGUGCCCCUCCUGAGUCUCAGGCUCCUGGCAUCCCGAUUGAGCCAAGCAUAAGGUCUGGUGAAGCCCUCGCCCUGUCAGAUUGCCGACUCCACAUCUGCUUAUAUUACCGUGAAAUACUGGUAAAGGAGGUGACAACUUCUAGUCCUGAAGGCUGUAGGAUAUGCCAUGGCCAAAGUUAUGAGGUCAGCAGCCUGGACCAAGUUAUCUUUCCUUAUCCAGAGGAUAAUGGCCAGAGGAAGAACAUAGAAAAGCUACUGAACCACCUGGAACGAGGAGUAAUACUGUGGAUGGCACCUGAUGGCCUCUACGCUAAGAGACUUUGCCAGAGCAGGAUCUACUGGGAUGGGCCUCUGGCGCUUUGCAGUGACCGACCCAACAAGCUGGAGAGGGACCAAACAUGCAAGCUCUUUGAUACUCAGCAGUUUUUAGCAGAACUGCAAGCCUUUGCUCACCAUGGACGUCCGCUGCCAAGAUACCAGGUGGCUCUGUGCUUUGGGGAGGAAUUUCCAGAUCCGCAAAGGCAGAGGAAGCUAAUUACAGCCCAUGUUGAACCAAUGUUUGCCAGGCAGCUGUAUUACUUUGCUCAACAAAACAGUGGACAUCUUCUGAGAGGCUAUGAUUUACCAGAACUUGUGGCUAGUCCAGAGGAUUAUCACAGAUCUAUUCGCCAUUCCUCUAUUCAAGAAUAAGAUCUUCAGAAAAGAGUAUUUUUAAAGGCACUGUAAGGAUUAUGCAGAGUGGAGGAACAGAUCUGGAUCGCAAUUUGGAGAUCCACAUCGCAGCUGGAAGUGUUCAGGGGUUCAAUAUAGGAAAGUGACCUAGGACAACCAUAUUGUAUGAUACAAAUGACGGGUCUCCAAUGUUUGGAUGCUACAUCUCACAUAGGUUCCAGUGUUGCUGAGGAUAACUCAAAACUGACGAAAUGAUUGCUAUGUUUACGUUUGCUUAAUGUUCUCCUUGGGUUUUGAGGACUGAUUCUUACCGAAGACUUAAAUCCAGCGUUUACACUGUUACCUUUGCAGGGCUAUUUAUUUUGGAUUACUGAUCUCAGGGAAGGUACAUAAAUUUGUGGUGUUCCCAAUUUGAAACUGUAGCUACUAUAGGUGCAUAGCAAACGUAGACAGUUUGUUGAGACUAGCCGAUACAUGUAAGUGGUUAUAAAUUUAGAUUCAUGUGAUGCCUAUAUUCUUGUAUAGAAUAUUUCAGUGUAUUUUUUAAAAACAAUGCAAUUCUUCAAAGACGUAUUUUUUUUAGUGCCUGACAUUUGUCCUGACAAUGAAUUUUGUUGAUGCCGCUGUUCUUACUGGAUUAGCCCCCAUAAUAGCAGUUUCUAAGGUGAUGCAUUUAUGGUACUGUGUUAAGAAAAGUGACCAUUCAACUCCAAGUACUUGUGAAUUUAGUGGAUAAACCACUAAAAUUCUAGAGUCCCGAAGAGCAGGUUUAGAAAUAAAUUACAUUUUUAUUAUAAUUGAAAGCUACUAUGCAUUAUAUAUAUAUGCAUUAGAAUUAACUUGAGAGACCUUGAAAAUAGCACAGAAAUGGUCCUCCUAGCCCUUUUUUUAUGUCACAUGCAUGAGCCAGGUUAAAAUAAGCACUAUCUCUGACUUAUACAGAGCCAGCUCUGCUCUUUGUGUGCACUUGGAGCUUUCUUCCAGUGGUACUUAAAUGAACGUAAAGGGAGAGUUCAAGGAGAGCAGCGUCUGGCCUCCUGUAUUAAGACAGUCAAGGAAAUACUUGUUUUAACGUUUGUUUUCAAAAAUCUCAUAGAAUUUGAUGUGAUUUGCAGCUUUUGAUGAUACG